CUCCGUUUUCUGUCCGGGUGUAUUUAUCAGUGACGCCACGAGCCUGCUAAACCGUACUAGCCUCGUCUUUGUUGGUUGUUUUCGUUAGAAAUCAAAAGUGAAAUUAUCAUCUGGACUAAUCUGUUUCUAAAAUGGAGCCAGCAUGUCGAAAAGACAAACAGAAGCAGCAAACACCUACCCGUGGAGACAGAACCAAACAGAAAUCAGCCCAGCAGGAGCUGAAGCAGAGACAAAGAGCAGAGAUUUACGCCCUGAACAAAGUCAUGACUGAACUUGAACAGCAGCAGUUUGAGGCCUUCUGCAAGCAGUUGCAGUCACAAGCCGAAUGAGAAAAACUCAUGUCAGGGCAAAUAUACACAGGUUAGGGUUACAUUAUGAUGUUACUCAUAUUUUUGUAUUAUUGUAAACCAUUUGAUAAUCACCCCUUUCCUCUCCUGACAUGUAAACCAAAAUGUAUUUGUUGGAGAUUGAUACACACACACACUACUUGAAUCUGAGUGUACAAUCACAUCGCAAACGGCGGUCAGUAUGUACAAAACCAAAAAUAUCAUAGUACAUCAUAUUUAUCAGAGAAACCGCCCUGUGAAAAGACAUUCAUUCACUCUAUAGGAUGUUAAACAUCUGAUGGUUUCAUUUUUACUGUCAUUGUUAACUGUGAUGUUUUAUAUUAUACACAAUGUUUAUUGUCCUGAACAUUAUGUAUGAGUGCACAAAGCUAUUUUAGACAAUUUGUGACCUGUUGACUGAAGGAAAAAUAAGAUACAGUUGUCACUCUUUUGGGUUAUGAUUAAUUUAUUUUUGACAUAUGACAUACUUUAAUGAUAGUUAAUGUUCUUUUGACACAAUCGGUUUUUAACAGUUUAGGUUUUUGAUUGAAAUUUGGUUAUUAAAAAUCAUCUAUUAAAAAAUAUAAAAUGAUUUCCUUCUCUGAGCCUUAUUUUCCUGCAUCCCACAGUCAGUAUACACUGAUAGAAG